GCCGCCACGUAUCCGCCAUGGCCCCUUGGCUUCAUCCUACACAUAAACACCUUCCCACCAUCGUCACUCCAGAAGUCCAGAUCGCGCAGCGACGCAGCGUACGUGUCUAUCCACCGCAGGAAACUUUGUUAGCUAGAGGCUGCUGCUGUAGAGCCAUGGUGAAGCUGGCCACGGCCCGGGAGUGCCGGGCGUACAGCCUCGGCGCCGGCGGAGGCCAGACGCAGCAGGCCAACCGGCGUUGGGAGCACAUCAACGCCGGGGUGUACGUCUUCGCGGCUUUCCUCCUCGUGUGCGGCUUCCUGGCGCAGCUCUGGCCGUGGGCGUUGUCCAGGAAGUCCGGCCUCGCGUUGGCCGUGGUCGGGCUGCUGGGCGUGCUGGGCGUGAACGCGCACGACCUCCUGGCGCACGUGGCCGGCGUCGACUACAACCUCGGCCUCGCCGGGCUCGACACCCAGUUCGCGCUCGUCGAGCUCGCCGCCCCCGCCGUGCAGCUCGCCGGCGCCGCGCUCACCCUGGUCGCGCUAGUCUUCUUCGAGAUUCAGAUGGAGAGAGGGUACCAGGGCAGCCUGGAGAAGCACGGGCUGAACCUGCUCAUCGCGGGGCCAGCGCUGUGGUGCCUCGGGUCGAUACACAACAUGUGCCAAAUCUACGAGCGGGCAAACGGACACGUCCAGAUCCUCCAGAAGAGCGUGCAGAUCCCUCUGCUGCUGGGGAGCACGCUCUUCCUCGUCGGCGGCGUCGUCAACCGGCACGACGUCCACAGCCGCUCCUCUCCUGGCUCCACUGAUCUACUGGGAAGGAGCUGGCCAUGGUUCUGCCUGUCCGGGAGCCUGCUGUUCCUGGCCGGAGGGCUCCUGAACCUGCUCAAGGUGAUCAAGGUGCAGCAGAUGGACGGCCGGGGCCUGGAGAAGCUGCGCGGCGGCGCGCAGGAGCGGCUGAGCAGAGAGAGGGAAGGGAAGGUGCCGCUCAUCCUGGAGGAAGGCCGGAGGAGGAAGCAGCAGCAGCAGCAGGCAGCAGGCAACGCAGACGACAUGUGGGCGCCGCGCCACGAGCCGAGGGCUGCAGCCGUCCCGCCGCCGCCGGAAGGGUCUUACAAGGACGCUCUUGUCAGCGGCGGCGGCGGCAACUAGCUAGCUUAUUAAAGCGUUAUUUUGCCCGUGGAGGAUCCGAAAUAAGAGACGUCACCUGAUGACCUGAAUCAAAUGUGGCGUGGCAUCAUGCAUUUACAGGACGAUUUCUGUAUUUUUCGUGUUUUCUACAUCUGUCGUGUAAAUUAUCUGGACUUGGUGUUUAUCGCCCUAGUUAUACCUGUCAAUUCUCUGGUUUAACGCGUAAUGAAAUAA